AUGUCUUGGCAUGACGACGCGCUCUGCAUACAGUUUACUCAUUUUCGAUCGGAGCAAGUAGACGAGCGUCUUCGUUGUCCCAGAAGAAUCUACUGCAAUCCCAAAUGCCCGGAGAUCUGUCCCAUCCUUGCCUUGGGCAUCUACUUGUUAAGUUUUACUCCCGAUCCUGAGAAAUUGUUUCCCGGGAGAUCGCAACAUCAUCGUUAUCUCAACAUCUUGCAGUCUAGGGAGAUCAAUAGAGGCUUGACUGCUCUUGGUCUUCAUCCCAAGGACAUCGGGACCCACAGUGUCCGACUCGGAGCUGCGACCUACUGCUCCUCUUCCAGCACCUUCGGCCCU